AUGAGCACACCCGUCACCAACCCAGCCACUCCAAAUGAACAGCCCAACCCGGCUGCUGCUCAUCUGCGCGUGCCAGGCAUCUACACCUCCGGAUCAUCCAGGUCUGGAAGCGAUCCAGCGCUGCACGUCGUCAAAAAUGCCGCUCAGCGCGAAAAAGUCCAGCAGAGCGUGACCGAAAAGGGAUUCUUGCCCAAGGAACUCGUCAAAUACGAAGUCGAGUGGUUCUACGACAGCCUCGGAAUUGAAGAAAAUUACUUUGCGAACGAGUCGGUGGAUGUGAUCACCGACCACAUUAUCGCGCUCUUUGCCGCCAAGACUCUUGCGUAUACCAAGCACUCGAACCAGCUCGUCAUCGAGCUCGAAAAGAUUACAGAGAAUGGUGCUCUGUUUAUUCACACUAGUGCGCCCGGUGUCACCUCCAACGAAGGACCCGGUGCCACCUGUGAACGAAGGAUCGACGACAUGUUCCUCGACGUAUCGACACCGGAAAAAGCGUUCCGCCUCGAAACCUAUCGCUCAGCUGGCGUGACCUCCGCCGCCAACUCGCAAUCUCUCCGCUGCUACUUUGUAUCGCAAUGCGUAUUCCCCGAGUACAAACCCCCAAGUCCAACUCAAGACCCCUCCAAACGCGCCAAGACGGACAUUCGUACCGUCUCCGAUAAAGUAUUUUUAGAAAAAGCGUCCGACAACACGCUCGAGAUUUACCAACAGGUCAUGUGGAACGUGGAAGAGAGGUUUGGACCUGUGAUUGAAUUUUACGAGGUGGAGGGCACGAGGGAGAGGAGGGUUGUGAUUGGGUACAAGAUGGGCACCACCGCACACUUUUUCAGUGCGUUGAGUGAGCUGUAUCACUUUUACUCGCUUUAUUCGGCGAGAAAGUAUGUCGAACAGUUUGCCAACGGCGUCACUAUCAUCUCCCUCUAUCUGAACCCACUCCCUGGCACGAAUGCUCCCCCGAUUGAGCACUCUAUCUUCCAAGUUACCAAAGAAGCUUCGUUGCUCUACUGUCUCCCCGACAAUCCCUUCUUCCGCACUGAAGUCGGGGUCACUCCCACCUCACAUGCUGUCCAAGAAGCCACCUACGCUUACGCCGGAUGGAUCUUUGCACAGCACUUCUGUAACCGUCUCGGUCCAGCGUACUCGGCCCUCAAAGGCGUCCUCGAUGAAGCCAACCCAGGCCACGCCGAAGUCCUCACCCAGAUCAACAAGCGUUUCAGGGAGGAGACGUUUACGCGACAAG